AGGAAAAAAGUUUUUCGAUUCACAAUUUAGAUGUUUGUUUGUAGUUAGUUGAUUAACAAUCAGUUUCGUGAUCAUCAUUAAGUUGAUCACAAUUUUUUCCUCUUGUGAAUUUUUUUUCUUUCUUUCUCUUUUAAUCCUUUCUCUCUCUCUCUUUCUCUCUGUGUCUCGGUCUUUCUCUCUGCCCUUUGUGUAACCUUCAACUUUUACUCAAGAACAAAAGUAACAAUACCAAUACCAUAAACGGAUUAAUAAAGAGAAUAGAAAACAAAGAGUUCGCUAAUUAUGUCAUUUGAUUGUGACAAAAAUAAUGUCACUUUGUGCUCAUAUCAACAAGUUAAUGAUAAAACUGGUGUGACCUUAAGAACUGGAGGUGAACCCAGAGGAACACCAAGUGGAGUGGAAUAUAAUUCAAAUCUAGUACCCGCGGUGGAAGUGAGGAAAGUGCGUCUUUCCUAUGGUCGUGGUAAAAAUGCCAAAUCAAUUCUAUCGGCUAUUGAUUUAACUGUGCCCGAGGCAUCAAUUUAUGGUCUCCUUGGACCAAGUGGUUGUGGUAAAACCACCUUACUCAGGUGUGUGGUGGGAAGAUUAUCACCUUCAUCGGGAUCAAUUAGGAUAUUUGGUUUUCGUCCUGGUGAACCAGGAAGUCAAAUACCUGGACCAGCGAUUGGAUAUAUGCCCCAAGAAAUUGCCGUUUACGAAGAUUUUACAAUUGAGGAGACUUUAAUUUACUUUGGUCGAUUGUUCCGUUUAAGUUCAACCAUUUUAAGGGAGAGAAUUGAAUUUUUGAUUAAAUUUCUUGAUUUACCAUCUAAAUCACGUUUAGUUGCCAAUCUUAGCGGUGGACAGAAACGUCGUGUCUCCUUGGCCGCUGCUCUUGUCCAUUCACCGCCAUUGUUAAUUCUUGAUGAACCAACGGUUGGUGUUGAUCCACUUUUACGUCAAUCAAUUUGGCAACAUUUAGUUACUCUCACUCAAGCCGAGAAAAUAACAAUCAUAAUUACUACUCAUUACAUUGAAGAGGCUCGACAAGCCCAUGUUGUCGGACUUAUGAGACAUGGUCACUUAUUGGCCGAGGAUUCACCUGAAUCUUUAUUACAACAAUAUCAAAUGGAGACCCUUGAAGAGGUUUUCCUUAAACUUUGCAUGGCCGAUACAACAGGUCAAAGGAUAAUCAACAACACAACAACAACGACAUCAACUAACCUUUCAACUUUAACCCCAAAUCAACAUCAUCAACCUCUUCCUCUUCCUCCUGCUCCUCCUCCAAUAACUUCAGAGUUAAUUCAAUCAACCAAAAAGGAUUCAAAGUUUCCUUCGGUGUUUUCAAUAUAUUCAGAUUAUUCAGAUUACAAUUUAACACCUAAACCAGAAAUUAACGCAUUCCCUUCAGCUCCAACUAAGGGUAAUAGAUGUGGAAAUGGUACCGGAGGCGGUGGUAUGAUUGCGAAUGGCGGUAAAAAAUAUGAGGCUAAAAGUUUGACCUUUGGAGAAUAUUGGUCAACAACAAUGGCGCUUUUUUGGAAAAAUAUGACUCGUCUUCGUCGAAAUAUUCCCGUUCUAUUGUUCCAAUUUGCUCUUCCCGCUAUUCAGGUUAUUCUUUUCUGUAUUUGUAUUGGUGCUGAUCCUUUUAACAUUCCAUUGGCAGUGGUCAAUGAAGAUACUGGACAAAUAUAUUCAAGAGAUUUUCUCGCUGAACUUGACCCUUACAUUGUUGACAAACAUAAUUUCACUUCGGUGGAUGAAGGUAAAGAAGCGGUCAGAAAUGGGUCAAUGUGGGGUGUCCUUCAUAUUCCGGAAAGGUUUUCUCAAGCUCUACUGGCAAGAAUGCUUCGAGGUGAGGAAGUGGACAACAAAACAAUUGAGGACAGUACAAUCAAGGUUUACCCUGAUUUAACAAAUCAACAAAUUUCUUACACAAUGGAGCGUACAUUUAAAGAGGCGUUCCAAGAAUUUGCCAAAAAAGCCUUGACCAAUGCUGGAAGAAAUCCCGCCUUAGCUGAAUUUCCACUCGCUCUUGGAGAACCAGUUUAUGGUGAAUUGAAACACCAAGGGUACCUUGAGUAUAUGGCACCGGGAGUAGUGGUCAGUAUUAGUUACAUUAUGGCAACAGGUUUGACCGCACUUGCAUUCAUUCUGGAAAGACGAGAUGGACUUUUUGAAAGGUCAUUAGUCGCUGGUGUUGAUACACUUCAAAUUUUAAUCGCACACGCGUUGACACAAAUCAUUGUCAUGGUUGUACAAAUACUUUUGGUUCUAGUAUUUACUUUCCUCGUUUUUGAUAUUCCCUCACGAGGUCCGUUUGGUUGGGUUAUAGUAUUAUUAUUGCUGCAAGGUUGUACCGGUAUGGCCUUCGGUCUUGUUGUUUCAGCGACAUGUCACCAAGAAAAUACUGCAGUCAUGAUGAUCUUGGGCACGUUUUAUCCUAAUCUAAUUUUAUCGGGUAUAAUCUGGCCUUUAGAGGCGAUGCCUUAUUGGAUAAGGUGGUUCAGUUAUAUUCAACCUCAAACACUUCCAACGGAAACGCUAAGACAUAUUCUGUCCCGUGGGUGGGGAAUCACGGAACCGGGUGUUUACAUAGGAUUCAUUGUUACCUGUACCUGGAUGGCUUUCUUCCUGGUCGCGGCGGCCGUUAUUUUCAAGUACAACAAAUAAUCAAAUCGUUUUACGUUUUUUUUCGUCUAUCAAUUAACAAUCGUUAUUACAAUCAACAACUAAAUCAACAACAGAAACUUUUUCGUUGUCCCAAGGAGCAAAAAAAGAUUCACUAUCACCUAAUCUCCUCCACCAGAACUCACAAAGCGAGUUAUUUUAUCAAUUUUUUUCUAUUCUCUUCAUGAUCAUCUCUCUCUCUCUCAACAUCGACUAGAGUUUAUUUUUUUCCGUCGAUUUUUCCUUCAAAAUUUCAUAAACAAACCUUUUCAUCCUCUCCGAUUUUUAUAAUUAUUAUUACACCUGAGACCAACCCAAGACAUAUCCAAUAAAAUUUGGAAUUUAAAUUGA